AUGGAAGAAUACGAGGACGAGUAUGGCGAAGAUGGCUACUACGAGGCGGAGGAAGGGAUCACAUCUGAAGACUGCUGGACUGUCAUCUCUUCGUUCUUCGAAUCAAAAGGCCUGGUGUCCCAGCAGCUCGACUCCUUCGAUGAAUUCAUUUCAACGACGAUGCAGGAACUGGUGGAGGAGCAGGGGCAAGUGACACUUGAUCAAACAAUAGCUCCCGAGGAAGAUGAUCCCGAUCCGGUCCUGGUACGACGUUACGAGCUAAAGUUUGGCACGGUGAUGCUCGCGCGGCCCUCGAUGACGGAGGGUGACGGAGCCACGAGUAUCAUGUUGCCGCAAGAAGCACGCCUCCGAAACCUGACGUAUGCGAGCCCCCUUUAUCUCGGAAUCACAAAAAAGGUCGCCGAAGGCCGAGAACGAUCGCUGGCUGAACGUGACGAAGACGAAGAGCCGGAGGAAAAGGGCGAUGAAGAGAGGAGGGCGAGAGGGACGUAUCUACAAUGGGCACCUAGAGCGCUGCCGGAAGAUGAGGAGGGCGAAGAGAAUAUCUUCAUCGGAAAGAUGCCGAUUAUGUUGAAGUCGAAAUACUGUAUCCUCAAAGACCUUGGGGAACAUGCACUUUAUAACUGGAACGAGUGCCCUUAUGACUCUGGAGGCUACUUUAUCAUAAACGGCAGUGAAAAGGUUCUUAUUGCGCAAGAGCGAAGUGCUGGAAAUAUCGUUCAGGUUUUCAAGAAGGCUCCUCCAAGUCCUACUCCAUUCGUUGCCGAGAUUCGAAGUGCCGUUGAAAAAGGCUCGCGAAUCCUCUCCCAGCUGUCUAUUAAACUUUUCGCCAAAGGAGAUAGCUCUAAGGGCGGAUUUGGGCCUACUAUUCGUUCUACGCUACCCUAUAUCAAAACCGAUAUACCUAUCGUCGUUGUUUUCAGAGCUCUGGGAGUUGUUUCUGACGAAGAUAUUCUUAAUCACAUUUGCUACGACCGCAACGAUACCCCGAUGCUAGAAAUGCUAAAACCUUGUAUUGAAGAAGGUUUCGUCAUCCAGGAUCGUGAAGUUGCCCUCGACUUUAUCAGUAAGAGAGGUUCUUCGCCGACGAGCAUGAACCAUGAAAAGCGUGUCAGAUAUGCAAGAGAUAUCAUACAAAAAGAGUUUUUACCACACAUUUCGCAAAGUGAAGGAAGCGAGACUCGCAAAGCCUUCUUCUUGGGAUAUAUGGUGCAUAAGCUGCUCCAAUGCGCUCUUGGCCGACGGGAUGUUGACGAUCGCGAUCAUUUCGGCAAAAAGCGUCUUGAUUUAGCUGGGCCUUUACUUGCCAACCUGUUUCGAGUGCUCUUUAUGCGACUGACGAAAGACCUCUAUAAAUAUGUCCAGAGAUGUGUCGAGACAAACCGCCAGCUGUACCUGAAGAUCGGAGUCAAGGCGAGCACGUUGACUGGUGGUCUAAAGUAUGCUCUUGCUACCGGAAAUUGGGGUGAGCAGAAGAAGGCAGCGAGCUCGAAAGCCGGUGUCUCACAGGUUCUCAACCGUUAUACUUAUGCCUCUACGCUCUCACAUCUUCGGCGAACGAACACUCCAAUUGGUCGUGACGGCAAGAUUGCCAAACCUCGUCAGCUGCAUAAUACUCACUGGGGCCUGGUUUGUCCCGCCGAAACCCCGGAAGGUCAAGCUUGUGGUCUUGUCAAAAACUUAGCUCUGAUGUGUUACAUCACUGUUGGUACGCCUAGUGAGCCUAUUAUUGACUUCAUGAUCCAGCGGAACAUGGAGGUUCUAGAAGAGUUUGAGCCUCAAGUGUCUCCCAAUUCAACCAAAAUUUUCGUUAAUGGUGUCUGGGUUGGCGUACACAGAGACGCAUCACACCUCGUGAGCACAGUCCAGUCUUUACGUCGGCGAAACUUGAUUUCACAUGAAGUCAGCUUGCUUGAAGCGGACAAAGAAAUCCCCGCAGAUUUGGACGCAGAAGAACGUCGGGAACGGUAUUACGGUUGGGAUGGGCUUGUCAAAUCCGGUGUGGUUGAAUACGUGGACGCGGAGGAGGAGGAGACCAUCAUGAUUGUCAUGACUCCUGAGGACUUGGAAGCUUCCAAACAAUACCGGGCGGGAUAUAUUCCUGAGGAAGAUACAUCCGAUCCCAACCGCCGUGUCAAGUCCAAACUCAGUCAAAAGGCACACACCUGGACUCAUUGCGAAAUCCAUCCCAGCAUGAUUUUAGGUAUCUGUGCCAGCAUCAUUCCGUUCCCUGACCACAACCAGUCUCCUCGUAAUACAUACCAGUCCGCUAUGGGUAAACAAGCGAUGGGUGUUUUCCUUACCAAUUUCGAUCAAAGAAUGGAAACCAUGGCGAACAUCCUCUACUAUCCACAGAAACCCCUGGCCACAACGCGGUCGAUGGAAUUUCUCAAAUUUAGAGAGCUUCCAGCCGGUCAGAACGCAAUUGUUGCUAUCGCUUGUUAUUCUGGAUAUAACCAAGAAGAUUCUGUUAUCAUGAACCAGAGCAGCAUCGACCGCGGACUCUUCCGAAGCUUGUUCUACCGGACAUAUACGGACUCCGAGAAAAUGAUAGGCUUGACAGUAGUGGAGAGGUUCGAAAAGCCGAUGAGGUCAGAUACCCUACGGAUGAAACACGGAACAGGAACUUGGCCAGAGAACAAAACAACAUACUAA